UCUGUAGGCCUCGUUGGACCCUCCAAUCUCACCCCGCGUUUCGGUAGUUUCCCUCGCUACAAGGCCUCCUCUCAUGGCCCCACCCAACUUCCGGAGUGACCGAACACUUUCGUAGCCUUCACGGCUGCUGGAUGAGCCUGAGAACGUCGCGUAUUUAUUCGCCGGUUUCCGAAGGCCAUGUGGAGAUAAAUGCCUGAAGGAGAGACGGCACUUAACCGCCCGACCAAGGCCAUAUCUUGGAUUUCCUUCUCCCGAGGAAGAUCUCUGCUUCCCGGGAAGCUCUCCAAUAAGAAUCAGUCGGAAUUCGAGCUCCUAAAAGGUAAAGAUUGGAUCUUUUUCGCUGUUUUUCGAUCAAAGUUGCGAUCUUCGAUUUGUUCUGAGGGUAGUCGGGCAGUUUUGCUGGAACUCGGACUACUACAAGGUAAAGAUCGGAUCUUUCCACCGCUUUUUAUCUGAAGAUACAAUCUUGGAUGCUUUCUGAGGGAAUUGAAGUAGUUUUGUUCGAAUAUCUUCGAGUGUUCAAUGAAGAGUUGUUGUUAAUUGACCGGAACACUUGGAAUUGAAGGUUUCACAAGUUUGAAAAUAUCUUUUUGGCCGCCCUGUUUGACGUGGUUAAGAUGCAACCUAGGGUUUUGCCAUCGGAGGAUGGCAAGGAUUCGUCGCAGAGGACCCAAUCGAGGGUUUUUCCGGCGAGGAUUCUCAAGUUUCUCACGCUGUUCGUGGUUCUGGGUUUUGGAUUUUUUGUUUUUAGCGUGUACAUGACUCGGUAUUUCGACCUUCAGACGAUUGGGUUCCAAGCUCGCCCUGUCAUCAAGCCCUGCAUCGAAGAGGAGCAGAGUGAUCUUAGACGUUGGAUCAAGCCCCCGCGCAGCCUGAUGCACAAGAUGAGCGAGGAGGAGCUCUUUUGGCGUGCUUCCUUUGUUCCUCAGGUGAAGAAGUAUCCAUUCAAGAGGGUUCCGAAGGUUGCCUUCAUGUUUUUGACUAAAGGACCUCUGCCCCUCUUUCCACUUUGGGAGAAGUUCUUUAAAGGCCAUGAAGAGCUUUACUCCAUUUACAUUCAUUCCCUUCCAGAUUACCAGCCCAACUUCCCGCCAUCUUCUGUGUUUUAUAACAGGCAGAUCCCUAGCAAGGUGGCUGAGUGGGGGAAGAUGAACAUGUGCGAUGCAGAGAGGCGGCUCCUUGCAAAUGCAUUGCUUGAUCUAUCCAAUGAAUGGUUUGUCCUGCUUUCAGAGUCAUGCAUUCCUCUGUACAACUUCAGCAUUAUCUACCAAUACUUGAUGAGGUCUAGGUACAGUUUUGUUGGGUCAUUUGAUGAUCCUGGUCCCUAUGGAAGGGGACGGUACAACCUGAGGAUGGCACCUGAGAUCGACAUUACACAGUGGCGUAAAGGGGCUCAGUGGUUUGAAGUGAAUCGAAAACUGGCAAUCGAUAUAGUCAGAGACACCAAAUAUUACCCAAAAUUUAAAGAAUUCUGCAAGCCAUCAUGCUAUGUGGACGAGCACUACUUUCCCACCAUGCUCACAAUAGAGUCGCCACAUCUUAUAGCAAAUAGAACUUUAACCUGGGUGGACUGGUCGAGGGGUGGGGCUCACCCUGCAACCUUUGGAAAGGGAGAUAUUACUGAAGCAUUUUUAAAGAAGAUUUUUGAGGGUAAGAGCUGUUUAUACAACGACCAGCCUUCAUCAGUUUGUUUCCUUUUUGCUCGGAAGUUUGCUCCAAGCGCCAUGGCGCCUUUGCUACAAUUUGCACCCAGUUUGCUUGGGUUUGAAUAAUUAGCAGUGAAGUAGAGAGCAGAAAAAACACAGAUUCACAGCACAUGAUAGUUGAUCAGGUUUACGAGGAGAUCGUAAGAGAGCUAUUAGAAAUUAGUAGGUAAUAUUGCAGUAAAGAUAUAUAGUAAAUAGCUACGUUUAUAACCAAUUUUCUUGUGUACAGCAAACUAGAAGAUACCAUGUUUACGAUUCAAAAUUACAGGUUUUCUAUUGCAA